GUUUAUGGCCGCGCACAAUUUAAUACUGUUGGUGCCCAAUAAGACGGUGGAAGCUCACGAUUUUCACCUCAAUCGCUGUCGGAUGAUGAGGAAAGGUGUGAAAGUGCUGUAGUAAAGGAGAAAGCUCCAAUUCUGGUGCUAGGAUAAUACCCCUGUCCAGAAGUCUCCAAAAAAGCUUUUCGAUAAAAAGCUAUUUAACAAGGUUGAACAAGUGUGUAAGGAUUUUACUCUUGAGUGUGAAGAACAUGAUUAUCGCAUUGAACGUCAUUAUCGUUAUAAAAUUUUUUUAAGAACCUCAUGUGAUAGGUGUGAUAAGGAACGUGUUGUGAUUGUGAGUUUAAGAAGGACUACAAUUUUAGCAGUUCCUUCUACGGGAAUAUUCUUUCAAAGUCUAGUCCUUCUGUUCCUAACAACGAUAAAAAUUCAAAAUCCCAACUGCUAACCAUAUAUAAAAUAUUUAAAUUUGUGAAAGAAGACUGUUAUUAUGCACAGAUCAAAUGGGAUAGCGUGCAAUGGCAAGUGCUACAAAGAGAUACCAAUGGAUGUUGCCGAUGAGUUAGGAGUAAGCGGUAACUCGACGUGUUCAUCGUCUUCGUCAGAGGAUGUGGCUCUGAUAAAAGAAGACUCUGGCGAUAUGACAUUUGGCAUAUCAAAGUAUUCCAAAGAAGUGCUAAAGAUGAUGUUCAUGAUGAGAUCUCAUCAUAUGCUCACGGAUGUGAUGCUGGAGGUGGGCAAGGAGAUCUUUCAUGCACAUAAAGUUGUAUUAUCAGCUGCUAGUCCAUAUUUUAAGGCCAUGUUCACGGGUGGUUUGAAGGAGACUGAGAUGUCACGUGUUAAAUUGCAAGGAAUUUGUCCCACAGCGAUGGGUCAAAUGAUGUACUUUAUGUACACUGGCCAUAUUCGUGUCACGGAAGUGACUGUGUGCCAAUUACUGCCAGCGGCCACAAUGUUCCAAGUAUCCCAUGUCAUCGAUGCCUGUUGUGCCUUCCUCGAAAGUCAGUUGGAUCCCACAAAUGCCAUUGGAAUUUCUAACUUUGCUGAACAACACAAUUGCGAUAGCCUCAAGCAGAAAGCCAUACAAUUUAUUGAGAGGCAUUUUACUCAGAUUUGCCAAGAGGAAGAAUUCCUUCAAUUGUCAGCCAUUCAGUUAAUUCAGUUGAUCCGAAAGGAUGAACUGAAUGUUCAGGGUGAACGAGAGGUUUACAAUGCCGUUCUCAAAUGGGUCAAAUACGAUGAGGACAAUCGAUAUCCAAAGAUGGAGCAUAUUCUCUAUGCUGUUCGGUGUCAAUUCCUCACUCCCAGCUUCCUCAAAGAACAAAUGAGGAAUUGCGAUGUGCUGCGCAAAGUGCCAGCGUGCAGGGAAUAUCUGGCGCGAAUCUUCAAGGAUCUGACGCUACACAAGAAGCCCGUGGUGCAAGAACGACGACCAAAUACUACGAGAAUGAUCUUUGUGGCUGGAGGCUACUUCAAGGGAUCCCUGGAUGUUGUGGAGGCGUUCAAUGUUGAUGACAAGACAUGGACGACUCUUCCGCAGCUCCGUGUGCCACGUUCUGGCCUCGGGGCGGCUUUCCUCAAGGGGACAUUCUAUGCUGUUGGAGGACGCAACAACACUCCUGGUUCGUCCUAUGACUCCGACUGGGUGGAUCGGUACAAUCCUGUGACGGAGCAAUGGAGACCAUGUGCUCCCAUGACUGUUCCUCGACAUCGAGUAGGAGUUGUCGUGAUGGAUGAACUCCUCUAUGCAGUGGGUGGAUCAGCUGGUUCGGAGUAUCACAACACAGUUGAAUUCUUCGAUCCAGAAGAGGAUCGUUGGUGCUUGGUACAGCCAAUGCAUUCCAAACGCCUGGGCGUCGGAGUGGCUGUAGUCAAUCGGCUACUUUAUGCAAUUGGUGGAUUUGAUGGGGUCAAUCGUCUGGCGACUGUUGAAUGCUAUCAUCCGGAGAAUAAUGCUUGGACGAGUUUACCUUCCAUGGCGAUCGGACGCAGUGGAGCAGGCGUAGCUGCCCUAAAUCAGUACAUUUACGUCGUUGGCGGAUUCGAUGGUCAGGCUCAAUUGUCUUCCGUGGAGCGUUAUGAUACUGAAUUGCAGAUCUGGGAGAUGGUGGCUGAGAUAAGGAUUGCCAGGAGUGCUCUCUCGCUGACGGUGCUUGAUGGGAAAUUGUAUGCCAUGGGAGGCUUCGAUGGUCAGCAAUUCUUGGCCAUUGUGGAGGUUUAUGAUCCCGUGAGGAAUUCCUGGGAGGAGGGAACUCCAUUGACUUCAGGACGUUCAGGACAUGCAUCAGCUGUGAUUUAUCAGCCAUGUGGAAUGAAUGCCCUUGGGGAGGGAGUUGAGAGUUGUUCCAGUCGGGAGAAUGACAGUGAAACACGUGAUGAGACCCCACAGGCUCCACCGACAAAUGGACCAAGUUCGGGAUGUGGAGGAAGAGACAGGGGAUUCUGUGGUGGUGGUGGAGGUGGUGGAAGCAGUCGUGGUGGAGAGAAUUGUUCGGAAGAAGAACCUCCUUCUCCUACGGGCAGGAGAAAUUCUCGAGUAAUUUACACCACACGCGAUUGCAAUCUCAUUAGAAGCAUGUGGGCGAAUAUCCAUCAAGUAUCCGGAGAGAGAAUUAAAAGCCUCGCUGGUCCAUCCAGCAAUCGGAUUGAGCCGGAAGUAAGACAACCGGAGGAGGGAAGUAGCAGUUGCCAGAGAGAAUCUACGACAAAAGUGCAGGAAAGGGCAGAAAAUGAAGAGGAUGGGCCUUCAGAGAAGCUUCCGGAAGACUCAAAGAAUCCCUUUGUCUUCAGUGCGAGUUCGUCAAAGGCCCAAGAGACCAAAGUGACUAACAAUGUAGUUCUAGGAGCUUCAGCGGGAAAGCUACUGGACAAUCCCAAGAAAUGCCGGAGAAAAUGUGCAACUUCCCUGCAGCAGAAUUUCUACCUGAAUUACAGAUUGAGGGUCAUGAGAGCGUACUAUGACAUGGUUAAGAGGAAUAUCAACAGUAUUGUGAGACUGUCCAGUCGCAAUGUCAAUAGUUUGCGACUCAAAAGUGGACGAUGUCGUGUCCUGGCGGAAAGGCGACGUAUCCAAGAGACUCACAAUAAAGAUACAAGGUAGCAUUAGCAACAAAAAAAAAGAGGAAAAGGAAGAAAAAAAAACAGCUAAAACACCAAGG